AUGGCUUUUGGGGCCUUAUCCGAUUCCAAAUAUCAAUUGGCAUUGUGCUUCAAGGCAAUGACACAGCAGCAGUCCUCAAACUCUGAAUCUGUUAACUCAUUACAAAAAGAUGGACACUACCAGGCUGUGGUAACUUCUCUCUUGAAUGUAUCUUCAGGAAAUUUUCCAGCUUCUGUUGGUAAAGUUGCACACAUGAAUGAGUGUAUGGUCUCUAAGAAAACAAAUCCAACCCUUGUAAAUGAAACAGCAAAUUUCCAACCCAGUAUGUUGAGUUCUUUUGUCCCUGAGGGUAGUUCAGCAGUUUCAACACAUGCUAAUUCUGAUGUGUAUUCUUACCUCAAUAUACCGCCAUUGCCUUUGCCUAUGUUACCCUCUUGUUUAAGCAGUUCAGGGACUUCAAAUUUUGGCUUAGAAAACUCACAAACACACAAAAGGAGACGACAUCGAGGAGGUGCAAAACUGGAUCGUGCUACUACAACUGCGGUGCAUAAGAAAGCCAGAUUAGAGAUGGAGCAAGAGGCCAUCCAGCAGCACCAAAAUGUUUUGCAGUAUGAUCCAAAGUUGGAUGGUGGUGUAUGUUCACGCCGCAUAAUGCAGUAUAUGUAUCAUCUGAGGCAUCGCCCAUCUGAUAAUGGUAUUGCCUUCUGGAGGAAACUUGUGACAGAGUACUUUGCUCCUUGUGCCAAGAAAAGGUGGUGUUUGUCUUCCUAUGAUGAUGUGGAACGCUAUGCCCCUGGUGUUUUCCCACAAGUUUUCAUGUUGAGUGAUACAUUAAUCUUCUUUCAUGGAUAUCUUGUCCAUUCGUUCCAGUGCAGGCUUUCAAUUAUUUGUAGCUUAUGGCUUAAGAUAGUUUAA